AUGGAUUUACACCGUCUACCACGUGAGACCUUGUUGCAGAUCGUGGGUUAUCUUGCGGAUUCACAUCGACCAAGUCUUUACGCAUUCGCACUGGCCAGUAAAUCUUGCUAUAUCUCUGCAACUGUAUUCAUUUUCCGCCAUAUCCACCUCGCCCUUCGCAAUCCGGGGGAGCUGCAGCACGAUGUUGAUGCGCUUCUUGAGGCUCUCUCGCGAACAGACUCCUACCGCCACGUCUCUGCUCUCAGUCUCAAGGGAUGCCUUGAUGUCAAGAAACCAAUCAGCACACAUCCAGGGUUCGAUAGCAUUGAUCCUCUAGGCUGGUGGAAGAGUACGCUUGUGGAGGAACCUCGCAUCAACACUCUGUUGCCGAACACUGAGCCCAUUCAUCGAGGAGAGUUCAUUCAUGAUGACGAACGAUAUAAUGACCGAUCCUCUAAGGAUUAUACAGCAUGGGCCCCAAUCAUCAGCUUGAUCAAAACCCUACCGUCUUUAGCCAAGCUAGUUUACGAUUGCCCAGAUCAAUUUCCGCCUAGCCUGCUGGAUGCCCUUCACAGCCAUCAUCCCCGAUGCAGGCUUCACCACUUGAAACUCCGGCUACAGACCCCAUCAUGGGACCAUCCCGACCCUCACGAAAUGGCUCUAGCCACAUCGCCGUGCCUUCAUGGCGCCAGACUCUACUGCGCCUGGCGAGACUCGGAAGGGGUGGAGGAUUUCAGUCAAGAGGCCAUGAUGGAGCUUGUUGCCGGCCUGGCCCCCAACCUCAAGGAGGUUGCUGUAACAAAAUUCAGGCCGCCAGGAGCAGACAGAUAUACCCACCAGCGAGGGAAGUGGAAAGGCCUUGCCGGUUUCCCCUCCGGCAGUGGAAAUCUGGGGUCUCUGGCCUCCCUGUCCCUCCUGGGAACGGUGUACCUUCUCUCACCCACCCUUCUUCAGACUUGGUCCGGAUUCACAGACUUCAGCUGCCUCCGCUAUCUUGCGCUCGGGGGUGAAGGCGCGGGCUGGAGUCGGGAUCACGUCAACGGGGUGAAUGGCGAGGUGAUGGCGUGGAUGGCCCAUGAUUGCUCCUUCACUCAGUUGAAAGUCCUUCGCCUCGUACUAGAGCGCGAUACUGAUGACACCCAAAGGGCCAAUUACGGCGACAAUGCAGUUCUCUUCUUCACAUCCCUGGGGCCUCUGGAAGAGCUUUCGGUAACAGGGCCGCUCGAGCCCAAGAUUCUAAAAGCCAUCAUACACCAGCAUGGGCCGACUUUGGAAAAGCUGGGCCUUCAUUCGUUAGAGGACGCAUCUGGAGAUGACCCUGCCCAAGUCUCUCGACACGAAAUACCCAUGAUAUUCACCAAGGAACAUAUCCAAGAAAUACAUACCCAGUGUCCAAUAUUAGAGGAGCUGGCUAUCCCAGUCAAACGCACACAAUCUAACGCGGCCGAAGUCAGCAUCUACAAGAGUCUUGCCAGGCUGGACCGACUAAAGUCACUAUUUCUCAUCCUCGACUGCUCCGACUGGCGGGUCUCUCGGGACAGCACCUACGGUCCCGAUCCUUCAUUUGACGAAGAUGAUCGCGAGUCUUGGUCGUUUAAUGUGAAACGAGGCGAUAUCCGGGUGGGCUUGAUAAACAGUGCCGUCGACGAGACGCUGGCGCGGGCGAUAUGGGGCACGAUUUGCCAGCACAAGGUCGGCAGACGGCUGGAGUCACUCAGGCUGUGGACCACCGGCGGCGGCGUGUUUGGCAACGACCGGCAGGAAGCCCCGAGCUUAUUCACGAGCCUGAGCCGUUCGUGGUCGAUCACCCGGCUUCCCAGGGAUGACAUGGAGGUUAUCAGUGUCGAGGAGCUGGGUAGAUUCGGGAGGGAGGCCAGCGAGAAGGAGCAUCUGGAAAAGGAGAGACGAUGGAAGAGGGUUCAGAUGUCCGCCCCCAAUAACACGACUGGGCCGGCGACAAUAGAAGAGAAUCAGGGGGGUGCGAAGAAGCCAUCAGCGCAGCUAACAGAUUCGGAGCUGGAUGCUGUCGAAUUAGACACAGAGGCCAUGCGGCUCUUCCGUCGCAUCUGGCCCCGUACUGAGAAUGGCAAGGGCUGGUGCGAGGAAUGGACAAGUUUCCCUCUCCAAAUUUAG